AGUGUUGAUCGUUAGUUAUCGUGCAAUUUAUUUUACUGCAUAGCAUGAUUUUAAUGGAAUUAAUUAAUUCCUGUUUCACUCUCUGAUUUGAAAGUGUUACGGUAACCACUGGUUUUGCAAAGCCGUGCUAAUUAAACGAGUUAACUAAGAUUUAAAAGCAUGUUUAAUUACUUGUGGGUUUAUACGGUAGCUAUCGGUUUCAAGUUUAAUUAAGUUCUGUUAAUUCUCAGGGGUAAGUAUACACGAGUUAAGUUGAAAGUUGAACUUGAAUGAUGUUUUUGGUUUGAGCGAUAUUCAGUAUAUUAGUAUGUUUCUGUGCUCUAUUGACAAACACUAGGAAAAGGGUAACGAAUCGCCACAGUCCAGAUUGCAUUUACAGUGAGAACAGUGCUGUGUUGUAAACUGAUAAAAACAGAUCAGUGUUGAUGUGAUGGAGAUAUUGUAAAUAAGGCGCUCCGUCGAGCUUCUGGGAUCCCUGAGUAUAUCAUCGAAGGCAACGUUACAACGGCUGUCCGUUUCUUUCACUCGUUAGGUAGCGUUGUUUACAUUUUGUCUGAGGUUUGUUGUGUUAGCUAGUUACCGAUAACAGUUCAGUUUGCUCCAUAUCGAUGGCACAGCUAGAGAAUAAAACAGGAACCUUGAUGCGAAGUCGUUUUAACCGUGUUGCUGGUUUUGUCAUGCAGCAUUCAUUUUACCAAAUGCUUCACUGAAGAAGUUGCUGCAGGCAAUAUGAAAAAGGGAGUACAGCCGAAAACCACACCGGGCAGGGGGCUGUUCACCCCGCCUCGCAAUCUGAGCCCGGGGUCCCCUCUGUCUGACCCGAGGAGCAGGUCCCCCUCCCCUUCCAGCCGCCCCCAAACCCCAGGCACCUUUCCCAGGGUCCUGGGGCAGAGCAGCAGCCAGCAGCUGGACGUGACAGAGGACAGUGAGCAUGGAGCAGUCACCGAGCAGCAGAGGAGCAAAGGAGCAGGUCCUGGUGUCCGAUACAUCACGGAGGACCUGAUUAAGAAAUUAACCAAGCAGGACAACUUAGCUUUGGUGCAGUCCGUAAAUCUUUCUCUAGCCAAAGGUGGAGGCAAGAAAUUCAAGUAUAUUGAAAACUUUGAAAAGUGCGAGAGGCUGCAGGUCCUGCACCUGAGUAACAACCUGAUUGAGAAGAUUGAGAAGCUGGAUAAACAGCACAGGCUGCAGGAGCUGCACCUGGCCCACAACAAAAUCAGUAAAAUUGAAAACCUGGAGCACAUGGCAAGCCUUACCUACCUGAAUCUAGCAGGAAACGACAUUGAACAUGUGCCAGCAUGGGUUGGGAAGAAGCUGCAGGCAAUACGCAACUUAAACCUCAAACAGAACAGAAUAUCUUCACUCCAGGAUAUCGCCAGGCUGAAACCGCUGAAGGAUCUCACCACGCUGGCUCUGGCUGAGAACCCGAUCGCCAGCCUGCCUCAUUACAGACCCUUCAUCGUCUUCCACCUCCGUUCGGUGGAGCGCCUGGACGGGCAGCCGAUUACAGACCAGGAGAGGCAGCAGGCUCACGAGCGCUUCCAUUUAGAGGAGGUGGAGCGGUUGGAGCAGGAGCUGGAGAAGAGGCUCCGGGAGAUUGAGGACCUGAAGGAAGAGCAGGCCAUGGCCCUAGAGGAGCUAGGCCAGCAAGAGGAACUCAACAAGUCCCUGCAGCAGGAGACUCAGGAGCGGAAACACAGCCACCAGGAGCUGGGGAGAGAGCUGGACACCAAGAACCAGCUGCUGAAACAGAAGACCGCUGAGCUGACCCGAGCCUGCCAAAAGCAGUACGAACUGGAGCAAGAGCUGGCUUUUUAUAAAAUUGAUGCUAAGUUCGAGCCGCUGGCUUUUUACCCAGAUGAGGACUUGGAGUUGGAGAACUCCCCAGGUGAGAGCCCCUACAUUGGGAAGGCAAAGUACAAGAGGAACGCGUACGCUGCGGAGAGCUUCCUUCCCGAGGGCAGGCAGCAGGCGAGAGGCGGCCGCAUGGAGAUGGACCUGGCAGGGGAAGCCCAGUCCCGGCUUCAGGAAACCCUGCUUGAAUCCGCUGAAGAGCGGUUGAAGCAGCUCCAGAAAGAGAUCGGCAGCGCAGAGCAGCAGAUCCUCAGAGCAACGUCCGAGCUGAAGCAGCUGGAAGAGGCGGUGUCCCAAAAACGGAUCUCGGAGGCGGAGAAGGAGCAGCUCCGACAGCAGCUGCACAGGAAGAUCCAGCUGCUGAACCAGCUGAAGCAGGAGGCCCAGGAGCUGGAGCGCCAGAUGGAGCGGCAGAGGGCAGAGAUGAGCAGGAAGCAGGGGGAACUGGAUGAGUUGCAGAGGGCGCUGGACUCCAUGGACCCUAACAACCCCAAACAUGCUCACGUGAAGGCUCAGGUGGCUAGUAAAAGCCAGCAACUGGACAUGAUGAGUAACCAGUACAGGGACCUGGAGAACCGGCUGGAUGAGAUGCUGUCCAGAAUCGCCAAGGAAACCGAGGAGAUCAAGGACCUGGAACAGCAGCUCACUGAGGGUCAGAUCGCAGCGAACGAGGCUCUGAAGCGGGACCUGGAAGGCAUUAUCUCCGGGCUGCAGGAGUACCUGAACAGUGUGAAGGGCCAGGCCCGGCACGCGCAGGAGAAGUGCAUGGAGCUGCAGAGGGAGCGGGAGGCGCUGCACCACAGGCUGGCUGAGCUGGAGGAAGAGAGGAACCAGCUGGAGAUUGUUGCCAUGGACGCAGAGAAUGUGACACAGGAGCUGUCUGAGCUGCAGUGCUCCAUGCAGGAGCUGCAGAGGGAGAAUGAGACGCUGAGGCAGGCCCAGGGGGAUCUGAGUGCCUAUGAGGCAGAGCUGGAGGCUCAGCUGCAGGACAGGGACACAGAGGCUAACCAGCUCAAAGAAGAGCUGGGCAGGCUGCGGCGCCUCAGCCAGAUGGAGCAAUCUGCCCUGAAGUCGGAGCUGGAGAAGGAGAGACAAGCUCUGGAGAACGCGAUGGCUCAGGCACAGCUGGCAUCGGAGAGGGAGCAGGAGAACAAGGAGAUGCUGUCACAGCUCGAGAGGCUGCAGGGGGACAAUCACUCAUUGAAGGAGAAGCUCCAGAACCUUCAGAACCAGCUGGACCAGGAAAGGGAGACGAUGCUCCGGCCCAAAGAGGUGACCUCCCGCAUCGGGGAGCUCCAGAGAAAACUGAAGUCAGGGGUCGGUGAAAUCAGGCCCUAUAAUGCAGAGGACAGUGUGGGACGGAGCCUGGCGGAGCUGCAGCAGGAGAUCAGGCAGAUCCUGUCCCGCACGGAGAGGGAAAAGGAGGAGGCUGUGCAGCGGCAGGACAAGCUGACUCACGAGAUGGCUGCGCUCAGAGAGAAGCUGCGGAAGGCCCAGGAUGAUUACAAGGCAGCCUGCGAUGAAGCAGCCGAGGCCAGGAUUGACUCGGAGAAGCGCGAGUGUGCGGCUCGGGUGCGGCAGGUGGAGAAGGAGCUGCGGCGUGUGCAGGGGAAGCUGCAGAGCAUGGAGGACGUGCAGGCACUGGCUGAGCAGCAGCUGCAGGAGGCCAAGGACGAGAGGCACAAACUCCUGGCUGAGCUGGAGGAGCGGGACAGCAAGAUAAAUCUGGAGGACUCGAGGACCCAGAUGCAGCUGCAGGGGCUCGACAAGGAACUUCGUGAUCUGAAGGGAGCCAUGGCUGCUGCUGACAAGAUGGCAGCCAGGCAGCUCUGUGAGGCCAAGGACCAGCUCAGAUCUCUUCAUGGGACCGUCUGCAAACUCAACCAAGAGAGGGCAGAGGAGCUGAAUGAGCUGGAGGGGUUCCGCGCACAGGCAGCCCGGGCAGCCCGGGCAGCCCAGGACCUCAACAGGGCAGAAGCUGAGAUCGAUCUGCUCCAGAAGCUGCUUAAAGACAAAGAGAAGCAGAUGCUGGAGGAGGUGGAUCGCACAGAGGCAGGGGCACACAACACGCAGCAGCAGGAGCUGGACAGGCAGAGUCGGACACUGGGCAGACAGCGGGCAGAGACCAAGCGCCUUCGAGGGCUGCUCAGUCAAGCCAAGGAGGAUAACGCUGGUGAGAUGGAGAGUCUGAUGGACGAGAUCAGGGCACUGAGGGACUCCCUGGCCCAGCAGAACGCAUACGUCUCCAGCCUCACUGACUCCGUCAGGAGGAGAGGACACUGGUACUAUGUGUCAUCGCCACCAAAUGCCCCGAGUACUGGAUCACAGGGAACCAGAGACUCUGGGCUUGGCUCGCAGUACCCAGCCUCUCCCAGCAGGGGGCAGAGCCAAUCCAGGCGUGAAAGAAAGAGAGAAAGAGAGGAGCCUGCAGCACCUCCUACUGGAGGCUAUUGGAUUUACUCCCCAGUCAGGAACGGGCCUUGGAGAACACAUAGUCGCAGAGCAGGCGGAGAUGUUGACAGUGGAGGCGAGAGUGACUGUAGUGUCAGUAGUGUAUCUGCGCGUCCUUUCAUCCCCCCUCCUGGCUCUGUGAUAUACACUGUGCUCCCGGACGGGGCACCCCUGCCUCAAGGCACUGUGAUCUACGGGCCUCCUCCUCCCCAAGGCAGUGGCACUGCAGUGAGUCCUGGGGCUGUGAUCUAUGGGCCACCUCCAAUGGGGGCCCAGCUGGUGUACGGACCCCCUCCUACCAACUUCUCAGUCCCCCUCAUCCCAGCUGGAGUCCUGCACUGCAACGUGCCUGAUCACCACGAGCUGGAGAAUGAGGUCUCGAGGCUGGAGAGCCUGGUGGCUGAGCUGCGGAGGCAACGGAGGGAGGAGGAGAGGCAGGGGGGCUCGGCUCAGCGCCAGCAGCUGCUGGAGGUGGAGCGGCUGCACUGCGAGAUCCAGACCCUGCAGCGAGAGCGAGACAUGCUGGAGCACGAGGCAGAGGUGCUGCGCAGGGCCGGCCCCAGGCACCACAAGCACAAGGACCUCCUGGACGGCACCCUCGGCUCUCUGGUCACCGAGCUGGAGAUGGAGACGUCUCUGAGGCAGCAUGGUGAUAUUGUGGAUGAAAUCGAGUGUGUUGAGAAGACUCUGCUGAAACGGAGGGCGGAGCUCCGAGAGGCAGACCGGCUCCUCAUGGAGGCCGAGAGCGAACUGAAGAGCACCCAAGUAAGGACUGAGGACACUAUCCAGCAGUACAGCGAUGCGAAGCGGCACCUGGCAAAUACAGAGAAGGACGCAGAGGAACUGGAGAACCGUGCCCAGGAGACCGCCACUGAGCUGGUGAAGGCCAACCAGCAGCUGAGGAUUGUACAGGCUGAUCUUCAGGAGCUGGAGCAGCACAAGAUUGAGCAGCAGGGCAUUCUUCAGGAGAUCAAUGCAGUGGUGUCAUCCAGAGACUCUGACUUCCAGGCUCUCAAUCACAAAAUACACAACAUCACUGAGAGCCUGGAGAAACUGCAUGCAGAACUACAGCUGGCUGAGAGCAAGGAGGAGAAACAUGUGGAGGCGCUGAGGGAGGCAGAGAGACUUCUCUCCAGCAGAAGGAGUGAGCUGGAAAAGCUCAACAACGAGGUGCACUUGCAGCAGGAGGAGGUGAUGCUGCUGGACCGGAGGCUGGGCAAGAAGAAGGAGGAAGAGCGCCUCCUGCAGGAGAGUGUGGAGCACAGGAGAGCCAGUCUGGCAGGGGUGCUGCGAGAGGGGGAGGGGGAGGUGCUGGAGAAGCAGCGGCAGAUAAAGGAGCUGACCGUGGACCUGGAAGACCUGAGCGCACAGAAAGGAGAGCUGAGCGCUCAACUGAGUGAGAAAAGGUCUCAGCUCUGCCUGCUCAAGCAGGAGGUGCUGAGAGAGGAGGAGAGCCUGCAGAGCGCUCUUUCUCAGAUCAACAAACACAAAGCGGAGCUAAAGCACGUGUUGGAGAUGCUACAGCUGGAGGACAAUGAGCUGCAGGGUGUCAGAAUCCAGCAUGACCAGAAGAUGAACGAGCUGGAGAAAACACAAGUGGCACUGCUGCAAGGGAAGGUGGAGCUGCAAGCCCUGGAGCAGGCAGCCCAGCGGCAGAGGGCCGAGGGGGAGAGGCAUGCGCAGAGGCUGGAGAAGGAGAGGCAGGAGCUGGAGGGGCUGAGGCAGGAAGCUCACAGCCUGCAGGACAGCAUCGACUCGCUGAGAAAAGACAAGAGCCAGCUGGAGGAGAAGUGCCACAGCACGGCGGGCAAGCUCGCCCAGUCCAAGAGGGCUCUGACGGACACUGAGGAAAGCUGCAGGGCAGCUCUGUCUACACUGGAGGGUCUGGAGUCUGAGGUGUCCCAGGUGAGACAGGAUUUGAGCCAGGGGACGAGUCUGAGACAGGAGCUGUGUCGGGAAACCACAGCCAUCCAACAACAGCUGCAAGAGAAAACUGAAGAGCUGACCUUGUUGAAAGAUGACCUUCAUGACACAAGAGAACAGCUCAAUUUGGUGGAGGAGGAUCUAAGAGCUGCCACUAGGAGGCGUGACGAGCUGCUGUCCGAGCAGGCAGCGCUGAAGGAGUCCCUGAGCCGCAGUGCUCAGAAAUGCCAGGAGAGUCAGCGGAGGGAGGAGAAGCUGAGCCAGGAACUGCAGCACCUCCACAGGGAGAUCGACGACCGGAGUGCCAGGGUGUCCCAGCAACAAAAGUGUUUGCAGGCUCUGCGUAAGGAGAUGGCGGAAGAGGAAGCAUCCCUGCAGCGGAGAAUUGAGUCCCUGCGCAGCCAGCUGGGAGCUGUAGAUGGCGCUCUGACUGAGAGGAGCAGCCAGCUGGAGCAGGUCACUGCCAGGGUGUCUGAGCUGGAGGAGCAAGGCAGGGCACUGCAGAGAGACCAGGAGCAGAGUGCACUCCUCCAAGACAGGAUGGCAGAUAUGAGACAGCAGCUGUGUGAAAGAGAAGCCGAGGCCCAGCGGAGCGCUCAGGAGACCCUGCUGCUGCGCGAGGAGGUGGGGCGGCUGCAGGAGCAGCUGGGCUCGGAGAGGAGGAGGGCAGAGAAGGGGGCAGCCCUGCGAGCGGAGAGCGACUCUGAGAAAGGCCAGGCUGAGAAGGCGCUGCAAGAGCAGCAGCAGGAGACGGGGCGUCUGCAGCGAGAGCUGGCUGCGGUGGAGCAGGCAGCCCACGAUAACCACGAGAGAGUACGGAGCCUGCAGAAAGAGCUCAGCGCCUCCAGGCAGGAGCUGCUGCAGCUCAAGGAGAAGCUGCGGAGCCAGGAGGAGGUGGAGGAGCGGCAGCGGGAGAUCAGGGAGGCCAUGCGGUCUCUGCGCUGUGAGAUCAAGGCAGAGAUCAGAGAGCUGGAGCCGGGCUGCGCUCAGACAGACAGCCUCAAGGAGAAUUACCCAAACUCUGCCAAUAGGGGGAGCCAGCUGCUGCACGAGGACAGCAGAGGCCAGCCCCGCUUCAACCUCAAGGAUGAACAGUGGCGUGCAGAAGCACAGAGAGAAAAACUGCGGCAGCACGAGGACCAUCUGAAGGCUCAACUGCGCAAGCGCAUGUGGUCGCAGGCGGAGGCUCUGAGCCGGCGCAGGAAGCAGACUGAGGGCAGCCUGCACAGCCUCAAGAGACGAGUGGACGCUCUGGACGAGCUGGUCAGCAACACUGCCGUCGAGCCCCGCCCUGGAGACCACCAGCUCAGAAGCAGCCGGUCGCCCCAGCGUGGGAGUCUUGGCUCCCCCAGCAGGAGAGCGCCAGGUACUACCCCCGAUCACACAGCAUACUGGGUCUCUAGUCCACAACAGUGAUCCCAGAGAGGGAUGCAGGAGACAGCUGGUGUGAUAGUCACUCAAAACCAGUAAAGCCUUUGGUGUUGCCAAACACAAUUCCCUACAUGGCAGACCAGCUGUGAACUGAAGAGACCCCCCUGCUACCUCAAUCUUUCACGUCUUCCUUACAAACACAGCAGCCUUACCUGCAGCUGGCCUGAGGUUCUUCGAUGUGCCAGGGAUAGCUGAACAGACGCACCAACGUCUCACACAGUGGUGCAGGGGUUACCUGUGAGGGUUGCCUCUUGCGAACUAUACAGAUCAUUUAUUAAAGAAACAUUCAAAGACCUGAAUUUGAAAACGCAGAAAGAAAAAUGCUGUUGAUUCCAAGUUUAUGUUGCACACUGAGAAGUUAGUCAGUGGCCCAUUGUUGUUAUGCCAUCUGACUCUGCUCAGAAAAUAAGUAUUGGAAUUCAAAGCAUGAUUUCUCUGCAGUCAUUGGGCUACAUAAAGGCUGCACUAUGCAACCAACCACUGCGGUUUUUCUUCAAGUAGUUGUUGUACAAAUUAUAUUUGUAAAUUGUUUUUAAUGCAGGUUUAUAUAUUAAUAAAUAUUUUUAAAUGAUUUGAACUGUUUGUACUGCUGGUGCACUUUAUUGCAGUACAAAGAUAUCUUUAUUUUUAUAUAUGUAUGUGCCAGCCAUCUCUUAAAUAAAACAUUUUAACUUUGGCAGAGGUUGCUUUUUGAUUGUAAUACUUGACGUUAGUAUGUGGUACUCUGAAGGGCAGUUUGUAACAAAGAAGUCACAAAUGAUAGAUCUACAUCACCAUCAACUCAGGCUUAACAUCCAUUUCUGCAAGUUAAUCUUUACUGAACCCAAUGGUUAAUGGACCCAUCCAUUAAGAGUUAAAAAUCAUAUCAAAAAGUUGAAAACAAAACAACCACGCUGAAAAGCUGUAAACUUCUUGGUAAGUGGGGUGAGUGACAUAUAAACAAGGAGGCACACCAGGUACUGAUGCAGUGAGGCAGAGCUAAGUUGAAUGUUAAUGGUCAUUUUGAAGCUGAAUACGGAUUACAUUAAACCUUACCUUUUCUUUCUUUUUUGCAUAGGGUAGGUCCCACUACAUUGCACCUUAUAUUUUAUGAAGUUUUCUAAAUGCAUAUGUUACCAUGUGCAGUAACAUGCGCAUGCCUAGUCCUUCAGGAGUCUACACUUUCUUCUGAAUGCAUCGGUUGCUGAUUUUAUUACCUGGCCGAUAUACCCAAUAAGGACACUGGCUGCAGCUGCUUUUGAACAGCCCUGUAUAAAACAGGUCUUGGAAAAUGAAAGACCAACAGAUAUAUCUAGAUACAGGUACUUUAUUUACAAAUAUUCAGAUUAAUAGCAUUUUUGUUCCACCAAAUGAAAAGUACAGCAGUCCGAAGAAAGAUGGUUUGUCACCGAUAUAAAUAACAAGACCUAUUGUAAGCGGUUUAAGAGUUUAAAAAAAAAAAAAAACAUGAGAAAUAGAAAAAAAGAUAUAAACAGAAAACCAAGCAAACAUUGAAUGACUUCAGCCAAUUUCAAACAUCUUCUGAGUUGGCCUUAUAACUGACUAUUUCAUAUAAAUAUUAUAUAUUUGUGUUAGCAGGCUGUGGUCCCUAAGUUGGGGUUGUUUAAUAAAUCACUAAAAAGUGAUACUUUAAUAUAUAUUUUAUAUAUGCUCCCAAUACAAGAGCUGUAAUUAAGUUUGGUUUAACCGUACUUAGAUCUACUUAAAUAAAAGGGCACAUUCUUUGACUAGACAAUACUAAGAACAAAACAGAGGGGAGGGAAAGUUCCUAAUGAACUACAGAGUCCAGUUCUGGCCUUUACAUAACAUGCUGUGUCCUGGUACCACACUAAACAAAAAUGCUUUCGCUUAGCUUAGUGUCAAAAUGAUCUGUGUGGUUCUUUUUAGGCCUUUUGUUAUUUUAAGCGCAAGCUCCCAUGCUUUUACUAAUUUCUACAGGGCCAAGCAGCAGUGUGCCCAGAUUUAAGAGCAAAAGCAAGGCUCCCCUUUUAAACCAAGCACUGCGUUUACUAAAGCCAUGAUAAAGAAAAAGGUGACACUUCAUUUGAAAACACAGUAUGUGAAAACGGAUUCCAAUUCAGAGAAGCAAAUACACAUUCUACACAGCUGAGAAAAAAUUAGUACCAAGACUUAAUGCUUAUUAAUAAUUGCACUCAUUAAAAAAUAAAUCUGAAAAAAAGGACAGCACCCUCCAAGACCUCUGCUAUGUCACAUUAACCUCUUACUCCUCCUCGCAUGUUGUGAUGUGAUCUUUCCACCCUCAACGCAGACACCAAAUUUCUUAACUAACUACAUAGAGGAGGGGAGGAGAGGGCACACAAAAAAAUGAAUGACUGAUUAAUGAAUUAAUUAAACAGCCAUUCAAGCAUACAUACAUACUAUUUUUAUUUAAUCUGUCUAGCUCCAGUGGGGGGGGGACUUCUUUUUUUAAAUUUAAAACGCUGUCAUAUUAUUUUCUUCGAAGCACAACCCAGCAUCCUCCCUGUUUGGUAUUAUGGCGGUCUCGUCAGAUUCAGUAGCUGGGAAGUUAAUCUAUACACGUACAGAGCAGGCUGCACAUUAAAAGCUGGUGCAUCAUGAGAAAUGGCACAGAUUUAACACAGCGCUUGAGAGAGUGACUAUCUCCAUUCAGCCUGUCAAGGACAGCACAAACUGCCCACCCCAAAUAAAAUAAAAAAAUAGAACCAUUUGCAGAGCACAGUCUGUGACUGGCAGCACAGAAAGCAGCUACCACGAACAAAAGGGCACCCAUCAAGAAAAUAAAAAUUAUCCAAAACAGACCCGCCCAGUAAUUGUCUCCAAGCGACUCAGAAACCAACCUCCAGCAGCACUAAGCACAUACAGUUAGUUAUGGUCGCUUGGGUAGGAAUACAGUUAAUUAUGUCAUUUGGAGAGGUCACUUUGCAGAUUGUACUUGUGCACUAAAUGCAGGCCCAAAAGUGCCCUGGCUUAAAAGCAAGGAGUGCAAAGCAUGUAACCAAACAACUAAACACAUGAGCCUACGAUCCUUUGAGACCAUCUUGAAAUUCACGACAUCCUUUUAAAAUCUGUAAUUUGCUAACCAUCGACAUCUUUGAAAUGCUGCUGCUACCAAACAAAGCUGCCUCAAAGCAAACAAGCCUUCGGGUUCAAUCUUUGCAGCACACGCUUUCUGAAAAUGCCAGUCCUUGUAGGUUAAACUGCAUGUUUAAUAAAAAGCCUGACGUUGCACCUUGCAAUAGUUUAAAGCAGCGGUGAAAUGUAGCCACCUUCCUUUCUUAAACCUUUCAGUAUUGGUUCCAUCUCAGCCUCUGGAUGAAUGUACCAUAUAUACAACACAACCCCCUUCUCCAAAAGACCAGGCAGGGUUCAUAACUCCUGAAAACUUCAGAAGCCCCAUGUUGAGCAUGAUCACUCUCGCUUUAAAAAUCUUAAUAAACCAUUGCAGUGUUAUAUUCUACACAGUUAACAUAGUACAGUCUCCCACCACCACCACCAUCUUCCUCUCCCAACCCACUAGAAUACAUGUGUUAAUUUAUUCAUUCACUAAAUCAGUUUUAAAAUAAUCUAAUUCACCCUAACAUAUUUCUAGCGUAUAGUAAAAGCAGGUUUUCUGUGCAAAGGUAUUCCAGGCCAGUAUUUUAGUCAAGCCUCUUUGGCGUUUAUACAACAGUGAAGUGAGAAAAUACAGCCCGCCACAAAACCCAAAACAAAGUUCUCACGAGCGACUGCACGAGAGCAGGGAUUAAUACACACAGCAGAGCUGCUCAGACCACAGUGCAAUGAUAGAACACAGCAGAAACAGCCACAUUAUACAGGAAAAUGCAACUAGUGUUCAAAGUAAAUCUCAAUUCAGUUGUAAAAAGUUGGGUUUCGUUUGUCGUUUCUUUUUAUUAUUUGUGAUCACAUCUAUUUCUGUGCUACAAGGGGUAACAUGACAGUUUUAAAGAGAGGUCAUACUGUACAAAGAAAGUGGCAUCAUGUGUUUUUCUUUUAAAAUCAAUUUGUCUUCGUUAAAAUCAUACACACACAUUAUGCAUUUAUAUGUUACAGCACAGCUCCUUCAUAAUGUAUACACAUUUUCUAAACAUGUGGAAAUACAUAAAACAGGCCAGGAAUGGGGCUGCAGUUGAAAGAAAAGUGCAGAAGAAAAAAAACACAAAAACACAAGUUUGGUUUUUUUUCCUUUUUGCUUUUUCAGGUUAAGACUGGGACAAAAAAAAAAAUCAUUAAUUUAACGGGUAUUUUCUAAAGUAUCAACACAACUGUGAUUUUAGUUACAGCUGAUCGG